AGGAAAGAGAAAGGGGAAAGGAAGUGCCUGUUGCCUGAAAACAUGUAUUUUGGAUGAAACUCGCGCCUUCUGACAGUCUAACUGAGCUUUUUUUGGCCAUGAGGAGAGUCACGCUGUUUAUCAACGGAACCUCCACAAAUGGAAAGGUGGUGGCCGUGUACGGCUCUCUGGAGGAUUUACUGUCUGUGGCCAGUUCCAAACUGGGAAUAAGAGCCUCUAGUGUUUAUAACGGGAACGGCGGCCUGAUAGACGACAUCACGUUAAUCAGAGAUGAUGAUGUGCUGUACGUAUCAGAGGAAGACCCAUCUGAAGAUCCUCAGGAUGACCUCACAGAUCCUGAAAAGGGCCAGACUCACACUGAUUGGCUGACGCUCAACGUCGGUGGACGCUGCUUCACCACCACCAGGAGCACCCUGGUCAGUAAAGAGCCUGAGAGCAUGUUGGCCCACAUGUUCAGAGAGAAAGACGUGUGGGGGAACAAGCAGGACUCUCAGGGGGCGUACCUGAUAGACCGCAGUCCAGACUACUUUGAACCCAUUCUGAAUUACCUGAGACAUGGACAGCUCAUCAUCAACGAGGGGAUCAACCCGCUGGGUGUGCUGGAGGAGGCUCGUUUCUUUGGCAUUGAACAGCUCGCUGAGCAGCUGGAGACCCUCAUAAAGGCCUCUCAGCCCCCUGAUGACCACUCACCUCUGACCCGCAAAGAGUUUAUUCGCUUCCUGUUGGCCACGACGACCAAGUCAGAGCUGCGCUGUCAGGGUCUGAACUUCAACGGUGCAGAUCUGUCUCGUCUGGAUCUGCGCUACAUCAACUUUAAGAUGGCCAACCUGAGAGGAGCCAACCUGACCCACGCCAACCUGAGCGGGGCGAACCUGGAGAGAGCCGACCUGUCCAUGGCGUGUCUCGAUGGAGCCAACCUGCAGGGAGUGAAGAUGCUGUGUACCAAUGCAGAAGGAGCUUCACUGAGAAGCUGUAAUUUUGAGGAUCCUGCUGGAAUCAAAGCCAAUCUGGAAGGGGCAAACCUGAAGGGCGUGGACAUGGAGGGAAGUCAGAUGACGGGGAUCAACCUGAGGGUCGCCACACUGAAAAACGCCAAACUGAAGAACUGCAACCUGAGAGGAGCUACACUGGCCGGGACGGACCUGGAGAACUGUGACUUAUCAGGAUGCGACCUGCAGGAGGCAAACCUGAGAGGCUCCAAUGUGAAGGGAGCCAUCUUCGAGGAGAUGCUGACUCCUCUGCACAUGUCUCAGAGUGUGCGGUAAAACAUCUCAGUCUUCCACACGGUGCUUUAAAGCACAACCUGCUCUCCCAGAGAAAUUAGUCCCACUGCCAGUGACUGAUGCAUGUUUCAUGGUCCAUAAGUAAAAAAGACAGAGAGGAAAUGAUUGUGUUCACAGAAUGAACGCUGGGUUGGAUUUGGUUGUUGGUCUGAAGAUUUCUGAACAUACGUGUUUGUAAAUGUUUGUUUGUUUUGUGGGUCAUGAAACACACAUUUGUCAGGAGUAUUGAUGACCAGUAAAUGCCAAACCUUGAAUUUUGCUCUGAACCAAACUCCAACACGUGUCGACAGCUUAGAUUUUCUACACGUUUUUGCAUCUCUAACAUGAUGCUAUUUAAAUUCCUUCCUCUGUUUGAACAGUUGUACAGAAACAACAAUAUGUUUUUGUAGGUUUAGCUUUGAGCUUUUGAAUGUAGUGCUGGGUUGUUUGUAAAAGUAAAGAUGUUUAACUCAGGUUUAUGAUAUUCAUAAACCUUCAGAACUCUUUCUGUUAGUUUUAAAGUUGGUUCAAAUACAUUUUAAUGAAAUCUAAUCACUUCCAUGCUGAGCUGUGGAAAAAAGUAAUGACUUCUAGCAAUAGACUUAUUGUUCCAGUGCCUGCAACUCUGAAUGUUUGUUCAGCUUCAGCCUAAAAAUAUCCUGUAAUUCAGAUACCUACAGUGAAAAAGUGAGGUAGACACAUACAUUUUAUAAUAAAGUUAAAAAACUUAAAUUUGGUGAAAUGAUGUUGAAAUUACACAGAAAGAACAGUUCAGUUGCUGCUGAGUGAAACAACAUGCAGAAAAAAAGAUUUUAGCUGUUACAGGAGAUAAAGAGGUGUUUUAUUUUCUCAGAGAUAAUAACAAUAUGAAACAGGCUGUACAUCCUACUGUAUGUUCAGUAUUCAUUUGUGAGAUAUGUGUUUGAACAAGCUCCAGCUCCGUUAUAUUACCUCUGACAGUAACAGGUGCUUACUGAAGGUCCUGCUUGUUGUCUUAAUUAUUUUAUGAAAGAAGAUUAAAAGUAAAAAUGCCUCGUGCAACAGUUCAGUACAGAAGAGAUUGUAGAGUAAAACGAACCAGAUGUGUUUUCUGUGUUUGGACGUCCUGCUGAGAGUUCGAUUCAUUACACUGCUGUUUUUAUACAUGAUGCUUAGUUACUGCUGUGCCAACAGAAAAAUCUAGAUUUGAGAAAAUGUCACGUCCUGCUGAACGGUGGUGUAUGUAUAAGGUUUUAUAUGUCUGUGAUUCACCGGCUAGAGUCGGUGCAGGUGUCGUGUACUGGUGUGACGCGUGAAACCACACAGGUGCUGCACCUGACCUGUCUGUCUUCUUCUGUUCUGCUGUGCUGUGGUUACUUUAUGAGCAGGAUGUUCAAUAAAUGUUUUUCUUAA